AUGGCGGAACGAAAGAUCACGCUCGAAGAGCUCAGUCAGCAUGUCAAAGACACCGACACCUGGAUGGCAAUAAAUGGCACAGUGUGGGAUAUUACUGGCUUUGCUGAACUUCACCCAGGCGGUCCAGAUAUCAUUCAAGAGUAUUCCGGUGGCGAUGCAAGUGGGCCCUACAACAGUGUUCAUAGCCUCAAACUUGCAGAAAAGAACUUUGAGGCAAGCCAAAAGAUCGGGGUAUUGGAAGCCAAAUGCGUCGACGACAAGCUGCCAACAGAAAAUACGAGGAAUCCCAGAUUGGAAAAGGAUCUCCCAGAUCUGGAUGAAAUAAUCAACCUCAAUGAUCUCGAAGUGGUAGCAGAGAAAUGCCUCAAUGAAAGGUCCUGGGCAUACUUUUCGGGCGCUUCAAACGAUAGCUUCACAAAACUCGACAAUUCCGAAUACUAUCGCAAGAUACUCCUUCGCCCUCGAGUUGCUAGAGCUGUUCGGGAUGUCAGCACUAGAACCAAAAUUCUAGACGAUGUAUAUGAUACCCCGAUCUUUAAUGCACCCGCAUCUCUCAUGAUGCUUGCUCAUCCAGACGCUGAGAUGGCUCUUGCCAAAGGGCUUGCAGCAAGCGGAAGCACCAUCAUAAUCCCUACUUUAUCCUCUUUUUCCACUGAAGAGAUCAUUGAAGCACUGCCCGCGGAUCAUCCAUUCUACUUCCAGCUUUACGUGAGUCCCAAUGAAGCUGCCCUGGAGAAGAUGAUCGACACACUUUGCAAAAUUCGACCGAAAGCAAUCAUGAUCACUGCGGAUCUACCAGUCUUCAGCAAAAGAGAAGCAAACGAACGAUACGAAAAACGAAUAGCAAAACAAAAGUUGGCUUCUGGGCCCAAGGUAACAACAGCAACCGAAAAACAAGGCGGACAAGCUCGGUCUGCUGGAGUCUCGAUUGACCCUAAUCUUUGCUGGAGCAAUAUCAAGUGCCUUAAGGAAAGAACGGGCAUCCCAAUAUUCAUAAAAGGAAUUCAGUGUGCAGAAGAUGCCAUGCAAGCGUGGAAAAUUGGUUGCAAGGGGAUCUACAUCUCUAAUCACGGCGGGCGAGCUGCCGACACAGCACAACCUACGAUACUCACUCUUGCCGAAAUUCGACUGCAUUACCCCUUUAUUUUAGAAGAAAUGGAGGUAAUCAUAGACGGGGGCGUACGAAGAGGUUCGGAUGUCUUGAAAGCUAUUUGCCUUGGAGCGAAGGGUGUUUGUCUCGGUCGGCCCUUUUUCUAUGCCUUGAUGUAUGGGGAGGAGGGAGUUCGAUACAUUAUGCAGUGUGAGUUUAAGCGACCACCUGCGCAUUUUUACUUUGUUCAAGUCUUCAAGCCCAGACUAACCGCUGAACUUUUAGUGUUGAAAGACGAGCUUGAGACCGCAAUGCAGCUAUGUGGUAUCACUAGUUUAUCCGAGGCUCAUAUUGGGCUUCUCAACACGAGGGCGCUAUACCGUGAUGUUGAGACUCCUGGAAGCCUCCCUAGCAAGUUAUAG